UCUCCAAUGGGCAUGCAAUGACCACUGUUGUCUCUGCAGAUGGUGUGUGCGUUGGUGCUGGUUAGUCUGCACUACCUGCUGCUGGUGGCGUUCAGCUGGAUGCUGCUGGAGGCCGUACACCUGUGGCUGAUGGUGCUCAACCUGAAGGUGGUGAACUUCACCCGCACACGCGUGAUGAAGCGGCGAUACAUGUACAUUGUCGCCUACCUGUGCCCGGCGCUGGUGGUGACCGUGGCAGCCUCUGUCAACACCUGCGGCUACUGGAGUCAUGACCGGUCAGUAUGA